GUGUCAACACCAUUUACCCGCGCAGUUUGGCUGCUAUGGUCGUCAACAUUUGGAGUUUGAACAUUAGCAACAAGACAGUUCUGCGCUCAAUCAAAUUUACAAUGUCAGUUCCCCUAGCACCCCACGACAGCCCUGGCCUGAGCAGGACCGGUCAAACGGUGAUAGCCGUCUGCCUCGGAAUCGUUUUGGUGUUUGGAUGCCUGAACAAUCUCUUUGUCCUGCUCAUCUUCGCGAGGUUUCGCUCACUGUGGACUCCUAUAAACCUCAUUCUGCUGAACAUCAGCGCGAGCGACAUACUCGUGUGUAUGUUUGGGACUCCCUUCAGUUUUGCCUCCAGUCUAUAUGGGAAAUGGCUUUUGGGAAAUCACGGCUGCAAAUGGUACGGCUUUGCCAAUUCGCUUUUUGGAAUUGUGUCUCUGAUGUCUCUGUCCAUCCUCUCAUAUGAGCGUUAUGGUGCCCUGCUGCACCGUACCAAGGCAGACACAUCUGACUUCCGAAGGGCCUGGCUAUGUGUGGCGGGAUCCUGGCUGUAUUCGCUGGUGUGGACUUUGCCUCCAUUCAUAGGUUGGAGCAGCUAUGGCCCAGAGGGUGUCGGGACUACAUGUUCGGUGCAGUGGCAUCAGCGCUCAAUCAGUAACAUGUCAUAUGUGGUGUGCCUGUUCAUCUUCUGCCUGCUUCUGCCCCUGAUGCUCAUGGUCUUCUGCUAUGGCAAAAUCCUGCUCAUUAUCAAAGGGGUAACUAAAAUCAACCUGCUGGCUGCACAAAGGCGAGAGAACCACAUCCUUCUCAUGGUUGUCAUCAUGGUAUCCUGCUACCUGCUUUGCUGGUUGCCUUAUGGGGUGGUUGCCCUGCUUGCCACCUUUGGCAGGAGGGGGCUGAUCACUCCCAUAGCCAGUGUGGUGCCCUCAGUCCUGGCCAAGAGCAGCACUGUGGUCAACCCUGUCAUAUAUGUGCUUUUCAACAACCAGUUCUACAGGUGUUUCAAAGCAUUUUUGAAGUGUAAGGGAGAACCAUCUAUUCACUCGCAGAACCCUCUACCAAGCAGCAAAGAAGAUCCCCAUGUACACAAGACCUGUGAUGGGCCAUCAUGGCAUCGCAGUUUCAGAAGCCUGACCAACAGUCCCCAGAAGAGGGAGCGGCACCCUCUGACCGUAGUGGUCCACUACACUCCCUGACACUGUCAAAGACUGUCUGUGUUCUUUACAGCUCAGCAUUUAUAAUGCUUCAUGAUGACUCUGCAGUUUUAAAUUCAGAAGCAGAGUUAAACCUCUUUACUCUCUCCACCAUGAAAUAUGCAAUGUAUUAACUUAAAGAAAGGCUGCUUUCUUCAAAUUGCCAAUUUCCAUGCUGCAACUAUUUCAAAAUCCCUGAUUUUCCUCAAAAUGCAAUCACAUUUAUUUCUCUGUUUGUUUUUGACAGUUUUCUUUUAGGGGGAUGGGAGUUGUGACAUCACAAAGUGGUGAAACUCAUGAAUAUUGAUUAGGUUAUGUGUAGAUCAUGUAAAAUCACAUUUUACGGUUUUUGUAAAGACAGCCUUGAUGACUAAUUUAAGCGCUCCAAUAAAUAGUUUGCAUAUGAUUAAAUUGAUAACUUGAAUCAUACAUCAAACACUAAUAGUAAUGGGAUUUUGAUGGAGAAAUACAUGGAUCAGUGAGAAAUACAUGGAUCAGUGAGAAAUACAUGGAUCAGUGCGAUUUUAGCCAGACUGACUCAAUGGUCUCAUUGUAAAUUUCUCGUCUCUAGUAACAAUAGUUCCGAGUUCUCAUCAGCCCACUCAUCAUAACAUAAAAUAUUAAAUCCAGUGAGUGAUUGCAACUUAAUAUAACACACACGAAUGAAAGCUGAACAACUGGAGAUGUUUAUUCUACAUUAGGCUCUUGCCUGAUGAAUUUAUUUAAAAAGGUGGUGGGGACAAAAUGAUCAAAUGCAUAAAGUAGUAGGAACAUUUCCCGCCCUUUCCACCUCUAAAUGAUGCCUAUGGGUGAAAAUAUCAUUAAGCAGAUACUGUAUCUAUACAUGUAAAAUUCACAGUUUUUAACUCUCUUGGAAAAUUACACCGAAAUAUUGAUGGUGCAUCUUGCACUCACACAAUUAUUUAUUAAUUAAAUGUCCAAUAGAAUGCUCUUUUAGUUUAGAAAUUAUGUAAACUAAAGGUUAUUGACCCCAAGCAAUUUUAUGGUGUUUUUAAGAGCAUGAGAAUAUAUUUUUUAAAUAUAAAACAUUCAUUAAGUGCCAUGUUAUACUGACUGUACACAAUGUAUGAUUAAAAAAUUAAAAUUGCUAUCUUGUAGUGCAAAGCAGUAUAGCCAGGGACGUAUUACCGACCGGGAAAAUGGGGCCAGUGCACAGGGGCCCUUGACAACCAGGGGGUCCUUCACUGCCCGGGGGGCCCUGGGCUUUCAGGUUGCGCAAACUUCUUUGUGAUCCCCCGCUCGAAAAACCCUUUUGGUCAUGAACAACGAACAGCCAACACUCAACAACAUUUGGGCAGAAAACCAAAACCCCCAAAACAACAAUUGGAGGGGGGCCCUUGGAAAUAAUUGGCCCCAGGUCCUUUGCAAGUAAUAAUCAGUCCCUGAUUAUAGAACUAAUAUCGGCUCUCAGGGCUUGUAGUGCACAGGUGCAGAGUGUAAUAGCACUUGUCGCCAGUAGUAGGAGCCACUGCCCAUAUCAUACCGCACUGAGUUGGUAUGUGAGUCCGUUUCACGAUAGUCCCAAGAAAAUGGAAUUAAACCUUUGAAUGUUUACUCUAAACAGUAUUGACACUUUUUAAAGACUUUGUGUAGUAGUUGUGAAGUUCCAAUGCUUAAAGUAUAGGUAGAGUUUGUAUUGUUUUAAGUGUCUCUUGCCAGAAGUGUGAAAUGUUGUAUUGAAAAAGAGGUUAAUUGUUUAUUUUAAGACCAAUUGAAUUUAUCCUUGUCUUUAGUAUUGUCAUAAAUUAUCAUAUCAAGUAAUUUAUUUUAGAAUGGUUUAAAAUGUAUGUAUUUUUUAGUCACGCUAUAUUACAUGCUCGUGCUGAAAAUAAACAGCUUACAUCAUUAUUCCAGCUAGAACAUUUUUUGGACUUAAAUCUUGCAUUAUAAGAACUUUUUUUCCAGAAGGUGUGAAAAUUUUCAUA